CGGCACGGGCAUUUUUUAUGCGUUAUUUUAAAGUUUUUUUUUGCUGGUCCCCAUUCAAGACGACGUUUCGCGGUUACAGUUUCAACGAUGGAGAAGAAUUGCCAAAAUAUUCAAAAUAUUGCGGGCACCAAUGAUAACGUGGUUGAAUUUCACGCGUGUGAUGUAAAUGACAAUGAUAGUGCAGAUGAGACUACUGAAGCAUCAAAAGAACCCCGACGCACUGGAUUAUUUUCCAUAACGGACAGUCUAAGAAAUUCCAGAUCUUAUGAAAGAGGCGAAACUUCAGCAUCGUCGGAAGCGCUGGAAAAUCAAAUACAAAGUUCGAAGUCAUUGAGGAGGAAACGCAUGGACAGAUCGGCUAACAACAACGGGCUUAUAUCCACGUCGGUAGCUUCGUCGGGCGAUUACGCGUUGCACAAUAAUAAUAAUAAUGUUAAAAACGAAAGGUUAAGCCCGGGCACUCCUGAUACAUCGAGCAGAUCUCGCAGCGUAACACCAAGUUCCGCAUCUCAUCCGGAUACUCCGCCAGCAGCCGAGACCCCUUUAUUACCUCCUAUCUCUGGACGCAACUACAGUGAUUUCAUGAGAAGCCUGGCCGCCAAAUACAACCACGCUAAUCCAAAUGAUUACUUCAAUGCUGCUCGAAACGGAUUCCCUCCCCCUUUGGAUCCUCGGUUUAAACCUGCCACUACUCCCGUUGCUUUCCCUCCGAACCUCCUCUCCGGUUUGGCCACCUCCCCAUCUACGAAGGAGAUAUCAGCGAGUGACAUCGCUAAGAAAUCCUCUGGCGUGUCACCCGAUUUUGCUUCAGUUUUAAGUCCGUUCGCUGGAGCGGCUGCGGCAGCAAUGUUUCCCCCACUUAUAGACAUGUCGACGACGCAGACGUUGCUAGCUAUGGUUAGAACUGCCAAGGAAGCAGAGCUCCAGGGUCUGUUAAAGAACGUGAAGCGACAGGAUACUUCCUCACCGUUGGAUUUGUCAGCCGCUGCCCCACCAACGAAAAGACCUCGCGUAAAGACCCCUUCCGUAGGCAGCCCAAGUCACACGAGUGCAAAUUCGAGUGCGACUAAGAGAGCUGAAAGCGAGAGUCCCAAACUUCACGAGGAUAUAGCCAAUUGGUCGGUGGAUGAUGUGUGCAAUUUUGUUCAGGGGAUAGACAUAUGUGCGGAAUAUGCGCAGACAUUCCGUGACCAGCGGAUAGAUGGCAGCGGACUACCGCUUCUUACCGAAGAGCAUCUGACGAACACGAUGGGCAUGAAACUUGGGCCCGCAUUAAAACUCCGCUCAAUGUUGGCCAAAAAGCUGGGUUCGUGUAACGUCUGCUUGCACUGUUCCCAUUGUCACAAUUCGGGGCAAUCGCCAGAGCCCGGAAAUAACACCGGAAAUACGUCCGACUCCGGGGGGACGUCCUGAAAGUUGUUUUAUAAAUUGAUGACUUUUUUUAAGGAACCGUCUGUUGUGAAAAUGGCGAGUGUGAUUAGGGGCGUUUUGAUAAACGAGUGCGAUAAGAUUAGCGAAUUUGAGAUUUAUAAAUUAAAAAAUAAAAAUUGUUUACGUUGAGUUUUGUUAGGAGGUGUAAAAAGCCAACGCGCCAACAUUUUUAUCCACUAUAGUGAGCCUAUGAUUUUCUAUUUCCAUUUUCUAUAAGUAACAACUCAUUAGCAAGCGAUAAUAACUAAAAUGAUUAAUAACAAUGAUAUCACAUUCUAGUUAUUUAUGUUUAUGUUUAGAAUGAUGCUACCUGCAUAUGUUACAGAGUACAUUGGAGUUAUUACAUCUCUAUAGAAUUGUGUUGUACCAAAAAUAUGGAAUUACUUGGAACCCUGUAUAAAUUAUUCAAAAAGUAAUGCUUUUUAUCAUAUUGCUUCUCAUUCAAACUCUUAAAAAUGGUUUUAUUUGUCUGGUCAAAGAAUAUGUUGAAUUGACUACUAAUUUAACUGUAUUGAAGAAUUGAAACUUUCCUUUUCUAAUUUGGAUCUAAUUAAAAUAUUAAGUGCUCUAGUUUUCUGAAAAAUCUUUUGGUUAGUUUUGAUUAGUCCAUUAUUAAGGUUUUUAUACACAAGAGACUUCGGAAUAUAACCUCAUGCAUGCUUUUCUUUCUUUCUUUCUUUUAAUGUUUGCACUUGUAAAAAAAAAAUGUUGACUAGCAAGUUAGACACAGAAAAUACAAUAAAGGCAAUUUUUAUUUCUUAAGAUUAGCAAUUUGGGUGGGAAUCCUAAAAGUAUUAGCUGCUAAAAUGAAAACCACUGUUCGAUUUUAACAAACUAUAUAAAAAUAAUAAAAAAAUGAGUAUUGUAUGUCAACUGUAUUCAAAGUAAACAAAAAUUGCAAUUAAUAAUGGAUUUAUGAAAACACAUUAUUUCAGAUUUUGUAUUUUUAUUUUAUGUUGUGCAAAAUUACGAUUGAAAUGUUCAUAAUAUAUUAUGCAACAAGUGCGGUAAACGCCAUUUGACUCACGAGUUUAUUUGACACGUGCGGAGCGAGUGUUUAAUAAACGAGUGACUUAAAAAGUUUAUUGAAUGUGUUGCAUAUUAUACUUUUUCUACGACCGUCACGAAUACAUUUCCUGACAUGAUCGUCAGAAUUGACAAACGUCAAAAUUCAAGGCGCGGGAAAUAGCUCCGAAAACAUCCGAUCCCGUGCGGUAAAAUCCCGGAAAUGUCCGAAGUGGCCCGUUUCCGUGGGAAACGACACUGACGUGGUAAAAUGACGCUUCCCGUUCACUAGAUCGGUGUAUAAUUGGGUAUUUUACAGACGGGAGUAGAAAAAAAGAUUUCCCCUACUUGGUACUAAAUAAUGAACGAACAAAUCAAUGAAAACAAAAGCUUUAAUCAAUUUAAAUUUAUAAGCUGACAUUACCAAAACGACUAUUUUUCAGUAAAAAUUGUUGUAUUGCUUUUCUAAAAUUCAAGAACCCUAAUGUUUUCUUAAGGCUUUAAAAUUUAUAUUUGUAAAAUUUGUACACCUUAGGCUGUAAACCUGAAAGGAAAAGGAAAGGGAGUUUGGCACAAAAAGUAAAUAAUUUUUGAAAAACUUUUUUAAAUGUUUAAUUUUAUAUCUCAUCAAUUUUGAAAUACCCUGUAUAACCCGAAUUAUAACAUUUGGCCACAAUCAAUCUUAACUCGUGGGCGGCACAAAUUUUAAUAUAUCUGAUAAGUUAAUAGAGCAGCUAUGGAGAAAAUGUAAUAUACAAAAUAUCUAAGUUCCUAAAUAACGAAUAGUUUUGGUAAGAUUUACAAAUGUUAAGAGUGUAAUAUAUUUUCUGAAAAUUUUCUAGCUUAGAUUUUGAUAAUAUUUGCUCAAUACAAUAGAGUAUCCGAUUCUUUACUGAAUUACGUUUGGAACCAUGUAUUUAUAUUACAUGGAAGGAACUAGCCUUGUAACAUUAAACAAAACAAAUGUAAUUAAUGCCUUAAUAUCACAAUGAAAUGUUUGCAAUAUGAGAUAUUUGUACAUAGUAUAAUAAUAUUUCUUAAAAUGUAAAAAUAAAAAUAAUAAAGAAAAGACGUUAUCGAUGUAAAGUACAACCCCGAGUGUAUAGUAUUGUAUUAAAA